UAAAAAGACAAUGCCAUCACCAGACUUGAACCACGCCAUCACCCACACCACACUAUCACGGCUCCAGAGUCUGGUGAGAAGGCUCUGCGACGCGUCACCCACCGCGCGAGCUCUAGUCGAGCAAGAGCUUUUGGCCUCCUCCUCAGCAACCAAUGUAAUCGAUCUCACGUCCGAGGAGCCACAACAAACGAUUCAACAGAUAGUCAGCACGGACAGUGCAAAGAGACAGCGCUAUGCCAUGUGCGAGCACUGCAAGGAAGAAUUCGAUGUCACUGACAAUGCAGAGGAUAGUUGGAGUCUCGAAAUCGAUUGGGACGGCGACUUUUGGGCCGAUCAUGAUGAAGACUGUCAUGGCACCAUUGACUUGGAUCUUGCAGACGAAUCCCCUGAAGGCUUUGAAUGGACGUGCUGCAAAGGCGAUGGAGACGCAGAAGGGUGCACGACAGGUCCGCACAAGGUUGAUGAGAGGUAUAAACCAGAGGAGGUCAAGAGGAGGAGAGUU